AGGCGGAGCUUACAUUCCGAGGACGUAGACAAAAAUCGACGUAGUUUUCUCUUCAUCCUCACUAGUAGUUUGUGUUGUGUUCGUCAUAUUUGUGACUGUGACCAGCUCACUUUUUACAACACACCAGCAUUUUGCAACGAUGGUCGCCAAACAGAGGAUUCGUAUGGCCAACGAGAAACACAGCAAAAACAUCACCCAGAGAGGCAACGUCAAAUCGACGAGAACCGUGAGUGAUGAGAAAGUGUCGGUGGGACCGUGGCUCUUGGCACUCUUCAUCUUUGUUGUUUGCGGCUCAGCAAUAUUCCAGAUCAUUCAGAGCAUUCGAAUGGGCAUGUAAAGAGGACCAGUGAUGUCUCAACUCUCCACUCCUCGCCACUUCCACAUACUGCACCCAAGGAGCUUUUCUGAAAGGCUUUUUGUUGAUUUUAUUGAUUUAUCUUCUUCUGUGAGGUGCAACGAUUCUGUCAUUCCUCUCUGGUGCCUUUGUAAUGAAGAAAAAAAAUCAAAAAGCCAUAAAAUUGCAUUCCGAUCAAUUGUAAUGUUAUCUUCUGUCAAUCUAUUCUUUGAUGUAAUGUAAAAAAAUCUUGAUGUCGCAAGGAG